AUGGAUACAUACGUAUCGGAACAAGAAACUACUUACGACUUAAUACGGAAGAUAGGAAUAAACUUCAAAAAGCAAGGAAAAACACGCAUUACGAAAGGCUACGUACAAGCAAGAAUCGACACACUUAACGAGUAUUGGCAGAAAUUCCAGACAAACCAUUUCCAAAUUGUUAAAUAUGCAACGAGCGCUCAAAGAAAAGAACAUGUUUAUUUCGUCAACGACAUUUAUUCUGUUGGAGAAGAAGAGUAUUUUAUGAUAAAAGGAGAAUUGUCAGAUACUAUUGAUCUGUUCAACAAAUCUACCGCUGUGAGAGAGAACCCGCAACCGCAUCCGCAGAAUAACACGUCAGAUGUAAACAAGCAAUCUACGCAAGAUGUAAAACUUCCCAAAGUAAUACUGCCCCAAUUCUCGGGAAAUUAUGAAGAAUGGACAUCUUUUCGAGACCUAUAUACGUCACUCGUUCACAACAAACCAUCUUUGAGCAAGGUACAAAAACUUCAUUAUUUGAAAUCAAGUGUCACUGGUGAAGCUGAACAAUUAUUGAAACAUCUACAAAUAACCGAGAAAAACUACGAUGUCGCAUGGGAAACUUUAGACAAGAGGUACAACAACAAACGCAUGAUAGUGAAUACAAUCUUGAAUAGAUUUAUGAAUCAGAAGAGAGUAUACAACGGCACUUCCAAAUCUAUUAGAGAACUUCUCGAUACUACUCAAGAAUGUCUGAACAGUCUUAAAAACAACGACGUGAAGAUAAACGAGUGGGAUACAAUUGUUAUUCACAUUAUUCUCAACAAAUUGGAUGAAGAGACACGCAAACAGUGGGAAGAGGAGAUAAGCACGCUACCUGUACAAGAGUUGCCGAAACUUGAGAAGUUAACAACCUUCUUAGACACACGUUUCAGAGUGUUAGAAAUGAUUCCGUCGACAACUUAUUCGAAGGACAGAGAGAGAGCUAUCGUGAGACAAAGAUCCUUUCUAACAAGCCCCGCUACAACUACAGUACAAUGUUCCUACUGCAAGCAAGACCAUUUGAACUAUCUAUGCAAAGAAUUUGCAAAUUUAGAUGUCAACAAUAGAGUUCAACACGUCCAAAAGGAGAGACUAUGCUUCAAAUGCUUGUCAUCAAAACAUAAUGUGAAAAACUGUAAAUCCAAAGUAUCCUGUCAUCAUUGCCAAAGAAGACAUCAUUCUUUACUUCAUUUUGAGAAUCAAACCGCUGAAGAGAGAGAGAACAAUCAACAAUCCACGUCGAAAGCACCCGCAUCCAAUUCAAACUAUACCAUGAGAGAAGAGUCUACCACUAAAACUUCAGAAACACCAAAACUGAGAAAUUAUCUUAUCACUCAGAGUCAUACUGCACUAAUGGCUACCGCACUAGUAAAUAUCAAGACCGGCCAUGGUAUGCAAGUACUACGAGCACUCAUUGAUCCCUGUUCUCAAGAGUCAUUCAUAAGUGAAGCAACUGUUAGAAAACUACAACUUCGAAGAAAAACAGUUGAUGGAUUAAUUACCGGAGUGGGUAACAUGUCAACUACAAUCAAAUCCGCUACAAACAUAGAGAUUUACUCAAGAUUCGACAACAACUUCAAAGCUGACUGCACAGCCUACAUUGUUGAAGAUGUCACUGACAUAAUGCCAGAAGUCCCGAUCAAUCCACAGAAAUGGAGUCAUCUGCAACACCUGUCACUGGCAGAUCCAACUUAUCAUACACCAAGCAACAUUGAUUUACUACUUGGAGUUCAUAUCUACUCAGACAUCUUAAUGAAUGGAGUGAUUAAAGGAGAACCAGGUACUCCCAUAGCACAACAAACACGCUUGGGAUAUAUACUGUCAGGAGGUCAUUUGACAAACAACCGCACAAGAGAAUUCAAAACCAUGCAUCUGAACAUAACUUUAGAGGAGAUGGUAGAAAAAUUUUGGGAGACAGAGAGAUUAGAGUCAGAGGAAAACGACACUCUCACCCCACAAGAACUUAGAGCUGAGAAAAUAUAUCAAGAAACUGUAACUAGAGAUGUUGAUGGAAGAUACAUUGUGGCACUUCCCUUUAAAAGCGACAAACCUAUUUUACCUGAGAAUUCGAGAGAAAUUGCACUGAGAAGAUUCAUGAGCACUAAGAGAAGAUUAGAAGCAAACAAAAAAUUGAGAGAAGCCUACAACGAGGUCAUGAGAGAGUACAUAACACUUCAACAUAUGGAAUUGAUCGAACGAGAUGAGUCUGUUAAAGAAACUGACAAACAAGUAUAUUUGUCACAUCACCCUGUGAUCCGUGAAGAUAGAGAAACUACCAAGUAUCGCAUAGUCUAUGACGCUUCAUGCAAAGGAAGCAACGGAGUGAGCCUCAACUCAGAACUGCUAGUUGGUCCGUCACUUCUGGGAGAUCUUCGAGACAUUCUUAUGAGAUGGAGAACACACAAAGUCUGUUUUGUGGCUGAUGUCAUCAAAAUGUAUCGCCAGAUCCUUGUAAGAAGAGAAGACACAGACUUUCAGAGAAUACUUUGGAGAUUCAGCCCUGAUGAAGACAUAAGAGAAUACAGAAUGCUAACAGUCACAUUUGGAACAGCAUGUGCGCCAUUUUUAGCUAUCAAAACCUUGAGACAAAUAGCAAUUGAUGAGGCAAACACAGAAGAAUAUGCCCAAGCUCGAGAGAUUAUCAACCACUCUUUCUACAUGGACGAUGUACUGUCAGGGGGAGAUACAGAAGAAACUGCAAUAGAAGCAAAACGUCAAUUAACAGAAGUACUAAGAAGAGGAGGUUUUGAACUACAAAAAUGGUCUUCAAAUAGCAAAAAAUUCAUCAAUACAGUCGAAACAGAGAAGAGAGCAAAGAAAUGUGAGAUAGACAUCAACAAAAAAGAGACAAUCAAAACCUUAGGAAUAACAUGGAACUCAAACGAAGAUACUCUCUUAGUAACUAACAAAAUUAACACUUUAUCUGAACAACGAGUAACUAAGAGAAACGUCUUAACUGUCAUAGCUUCCUUGUUUGAUCCAAUGGGUUGGCUAGCACCAUCUGUAGUCAUGGGAAAGAUAUUUCUACAGAAGAUUUGGUCAAGAGGAUUAUCAUGGGAUACAGAACUACCAGAAGACUUAAAGACAGAGUGGAAAACCUUUUGCAAUGGUAUAGAGCACCUGUCACAAAUUAAACUUGAGAGAUGGAUUGGAACAACCAACCACAGUGAGUUAAUAGAACUACAUGGCUUCGCUGAUGCAUCAAUGUCAGCCUAUGCAGCAGUAGUCUACAGCAGAGUAAUACAACCAGAUGGAGAAGUCAAAGUGUCACUUAUCAUGGCAAAGACAAAAAUCUCACCGAUGAAAAAACAACUUACUUUGCCCCGUCUAGAAUUGAGUGCAGCGCUACUACUGAGUCAACUGCUGAAACAUGUUGCUACAGCUAUGAAGAUCCAGAACAAAAAUACAUACGCAUAUUCAGAUUCAAAAGUAACUUUAGCUUGGAUUCUCGGAGACCCGCUGAAAUGGACAACAUUUGUGAAGAACCGAGUCAUUGAAAUCAACAAUAACAUAAAUACUACAUGGUCAUACGUGAAUACUAAAGAAAAUCCUGCAGAUCCAGCGUCGAGAGGAGUCACACCUGAGAAAUUGAAAGAACAUACCUUAUGGUUUCAAGGUCCAACAUUCUUACAACAAAGAGAAUGGAAAAGAGAAUCUUGUGAAGUAGAAGAUACAGAUCAAGAAACGAGAAAGUCUAUCAAAUGUGCUACUACUACAGUGUUAGAGAAGAAAGAAGAAUUCAUACUCACAAUUUCAAAGAGAUAUUCAUCAUUGAGAAGACUCAUUUCAGUCAUAGCUUACUGUCAAAGAUGGCUGAUGUUCAAAAACAAAGAUGUAAAAGAAAACUUACCUCAGUAUGUAACUCAUGAUGAGCGAGAAAAAGCACUUACUACAUGUAUCAAGCUUUCACAGCAACUUGAAUUUCCAGAAGAAAUCGAAGCUUUGAGAAAUCGUCAACCACUUAAGAAAAGAAGUCGAAUACUGUCACUUACACCCUUUCUUGAUGAAAAAGAAGUACUCAGAGUUGGAGGAAGAUUGAAACAUGCAGAUUUAGAGUUCCUGAGCAAACAUCCUGUCAUUCUGUCUAAGAACAAUGUACUGCUACCACUUUUACUCGAUGACGCACACAAGAAGACAUUGCAUGGAGGCCCGCAACUUAUGACAAUAUACUUGAGAGGAAGAUACUGGCUGAUUGACGCAGGAAAUACUAUCAAGAAGUAUGUUAGAAACUGCUUUCCUUGCGCUAAACAAAAAGCGAAAACUGUAACUCAACUGAUGGGCGAUUUACCUGAAAUAAGAGUUAAGCCAUCAAGAGCAUUUCUUACUACAGGUGUAGAUUUCGCAGGUCCAGUCAACGUGCGCAUGAGCCCUGGACGAGGAACGAAAACGUUCAAAGCAUACAUAUGUAUUUUCAUCUGCAUGGUAACUAAAGCUAUACACAUAGAAUGUGUGAGUAACAUGACAAUGGAAGCGUUCAUGGCUGCAUUUCGAAGAUUUACAUCACGAAGAGGAUUCGUCAAAGAGAUGUGGAGCGACCACGGUACUAAUUUCAUUGCAUCGAGCAAAGAAAUACUAGAGACUUGGAGACUUGGCAAAUCAACGAUCCCAGUUGAACUAGCAGCCUUACUAGACACUGAAGGUACCAAGUGGAAGUUCAUCCCUCCUGGAUCACCAAAUCACGGGGGAUUAUGGGAAGCGGGGGUGAAGAGUUCGAAAUUCCAUCUAAAGAGAACCCUCGGAGAUACUACACCUACCUUCGAAGAAUUAUCAACGCUUCUGAACCAGAUCGAAGCUUGUCUUAACUCGAGACCCUUAUCACCGCUGAGCGAUCAUCCUGAUGACCUAGAGCCGUUGACACCAGCACACUUUCUUGUCGGAGAACCAUUAGUCACAAUACCAGAGAGAGAUUUGACUCAACAUAAAGCAAACUCCCUAUCGAGAUGGCAAAAUAUGCAAAGAAUGUUACAGAUAUUUUGGCGAAAAUGGCAAACAGAAUUUCUUACAAGAUUACAAGAGAGACCUAAGUGGAAAAUUAGACAACAAGAGUUCAACGUCGGAGAUUUAGUGUUAAUCAAAGACUAUAGAUUACCUCCUAGUAAAUGGCUACUAGGUAGAGUGUUACUGAAACAUCCUGGAAAAGAUAAUGUUACGCGAGUCUACGACGUCCGCACAGCAACUGGAGUGUUAACUAGAUCGAUUUCGAAGCUGUGCCCACUACCAGAUGUUGAAAGAAAGGAUUCUGCUGUUCUUCAGGCGGGAGAAUGUCGUGGCCAGCAAGAAGAUUGA